UUAGCUUGCUAGAGCACUCCAUGCAUGCAUCCAUCUCCAGCAAUGAAGGCAUCAUCAUCAUCAGGAACAAUACCUGCAGUACUGGUAAUAACGGCCAGCAUCAUUGUCAUCGUCGUGUCUUGCCUAAGGAUGAGGAAAAAGCGACGGGGACGAGAACGGCCACCGCUGCCCCCGGGCCCCAAAGGGUGGCCAGUGGUAGGAAGCCUGCCGGAGAUGAUCAUGGCAGGGCGGUGGGGUAAGAUGACGCCGUCGAGGUGGAUACUGAAGCUGAUGGGUGAAAUGGGGACGGAGAUGGCGUGCGUGCGUCUGGGAAACACUCACGUCAUCACGGUCACCUCCCCGGAGCUCGCCACCGAGUUCUUGAGGAAACAGGACGAGUGUUUCUCAUCAAGGCCCACUUUCACGUCUCUAAAGCUCACCACCGGCGGCUUCAAGACCAUCUUCUCCAUGCCCCCGCACGCCAACUGGAAGCGGAUGAGACGAAUUCUGGCUUCCCACGUGCUCUCGCCCGCCGCCCACGACUGGCUCCACGACAAGCGCGUGGACGAAGCCAACCAUCUCAUCCGCUUCCUCUACCACCAUUACCACACCACCUCUGGAUCGCCCGUUAACGUGAGGGCCGUGGCGCGGCAGUACUGUGGGAAUGUCAUCCGGAGGUUGACCCUCAGAAGGAGAUCAUUUGAUAACGACAACAACAAUAACAACGACAACUUAUGGGGACCGCAGGAAGAAGAGCACGUGGAGGCAUUCUUCACCCUCCUCAAAUACACCUUCGCCUUCGGCAUUGCGGACUACAUCCCGUGGCUCGCCCCGUUGGACAUCGACGGUCACAUUAGCAUCCUCACGAAAGCCGUCGACACGGCGAGAAAGUACAUCGACCCCGAAAUCGACGAGAGGAUUCUCAUGUGGAAGAACGGAAACAAGAUGGUGAAAGAAGACAUGGCUGACGUUUUAAUCACCCUCGUGGACGAGGUCGAUGGAUCGCCACUGCUCACCCACCACGAGAUCAAAGACCUGGUUUUCAAAAAGCAAGAGAAGAAUUGGACAGGGUGGUGGGGAGGGAGAGGCUGGUGGAGAAGUCGGACCUGCCUCGCCUAAACUACGUAAAGGCAUGCAUAAGGGAGGCAUUCCGACUCCACCCCAUUGCUCCCUUCAACGUCCCACACGCAUCCACGAGGGAUGCGGUGGUGGGGGGUUAUUUCAUCCCCAAAGGGAGCGUGAUCCUGGUUAGCCGUUACGGGCUUGGUCGGAAUCCGAGGGUCUUCGAAGACCCGCUCAAGUUCAUGCCCGAAAGACACCUGGUGAAUAAUGAUGAAGAAGAAAUGAUCAAGUUGGUG